AUGACCGAGGAACGAGACGCCAAACGAGUGCGGCAAGCUUGCCAAAACUGCCGGCGCAAGAAGACCCGUUGCUCCGGAGAGAAGCCGACCUGCGCGUUCUGCGCUCGCCUGAAGCAAGAAUGUUGCUACAAUUCGGGACCUGGCUCUGAAGCCAGCUACCCCACUGAUAUGACCUUGGCCGCGAGGGUUGCCCUUCUGGAAUCAAAGCUCAGUGCUCUUGACAGUACCAGCCUUGAUUUCGGCACAUCCGUAAAUGGAGGGCCUCCAGACGCCGGUGCCCGGAAUCUGGAUCGGCGUCCAUCUUUUCCUACCUUGAUUCACUCGCGGGACCGAUAUGGGAGUGAUGUCGACAUUCUACCACCUCCUUCGAUUGUGCUAGCACUAACGGAUGCAUACUUUCGAUAUUGCGACAGCCAGCCGUAUUGCUAUUUCGAAGAGCAGUUUUUCCGACGAAAGCUUCAAGACGGCCAAGUACCACCUUAUCUUCUCAAAGCCGUCUUGGCCAUGGCAGCACGCUUCUCUCAAGACCCCUUCUUUCACGGUCAACAGCAAGACAUGAUUGACACAUACUCGCGGUCCGCAUGGGACGAGAUAUUCGAAAAGUCUUUCUCUGAAGACGAUGCCUUGGACAUUACAGUCGUUCAAGCAACUAACAUGCUGGCUGUAGUUGAUUUUACCACCGGGAAGCAUAAGCUCGCAUGGGUCAAAAUUGGCCUUAGUGUGCGGUUUGCACAGAGUCUACACCUGACAAUGGACCCGCCACCGGCAUUAAGUCGCGAAGAACAAGAAGAGAGAGUUCUAACUUUCUGGUCAGUGUACCUUCUUGACAGGCUCGUCUCGUGUGGUACAAACAGACCUCCGACAAUACUUGACAGCGACUGUUCUGUCCGGCUUCCAGCCGACAAUCUCAACAUGAACACGGACUCAAAUUCGAAUCCGAGGACACUUCAAGCUCUACAAGACCUUCCUGACUCCGAAAUUCCCCAAAGCCUAAGCCAAUUUGCACAGACGGUUCUUAUGGCAUCUGCACUGGGAAAAGUCGAGAGAUUUUCUUUGCAGAAACACAUUUCGGGAAGCCAGUACAAACUCUGGCACAACCGCAGUGAAUAUAGCAGGAUCUAUAGUCUUUUGUUGGACUUUGAAACCUAUUCCGACGCCAACUUGGUACCCUUCGCCGAAGCCCUGGAUCGUUGGUACGGGACGGGCGAUGCAAUUGACCAAAGGCGAGCUGGACACUUUGUGUUUUCAGCCAUCCUAUAUCACCUUAAUCAAUGCUUGCUGCACCAUCCUUUCUUAUUACGAAAUCACGUCAAAGGCUGCAAAACCAGGGUUCCAGCCACUUUUCUCAAGCAAGCUCUCCGGCAGGGAUUGGAACAUGCAACUCUUCUCACGUCGGCUCUACGGGUUGUUCAGAGGCGAGGUCUCUCACUAGCGAGCUUCUAUGCCUACGCCUGCACUGUGGCUGCGACAAUACAUAAGCUUUACACCUUUCACGAAGAUGAACGUGUCUCGAGUAAUUCCAAGACACUCUUCGAUUGCUCGCUCGAUUUCCUUCUCUAUGGGCAAGAUGUCUGGCGACAUUAUUCACGUAUGGCAUAUGUGUUGAUGCAGCUUGAUCCGGACCCCAAGUCGGCCAGAGAUCUUGUGACAGCAGCCAUAGCAGUAACACCUGGUGAGAGUCCUGCAGAUUCUAGCAUGGACAACAUCUGGGAUCUGCUUGACUACGGAUGGCUCUGUGAUUCUGCUAGGCCCUCAUCGUCACCUGAGGCGUGCCAACAAAUGGGAAACGUUGACCAGUGGGAUCCCACCGUCGAUUCUUGGAAAUUGAAACAAGCCAUGUCCGUCGUGGAUAGUUUUAUGCCAGAACCUACUGCCGCACCUAUCGACCUCAACUACUUUGAUCCCGCCGUUACCGAUCCCGCUUUUAGUGCUUGGGAAGACGUCCUUGAGCCUGGCUUCACAAACAUACUAGCUAGAUAAAGCCCCAGAACCUUCGACUCGAUAUUAUCGCUUGCGAGUGCUACCACAGCCGAAUUGUUCUUUCGCAACCAUCCACCUCACACCACUUCUCCGCAAUCCUAAACACAACAAGGCUUUUCGGGCAACGUCUCCGGAUCACGCCUCACCACAGCAAUAUCGGCUUCACGGUCGUACCCUCUUCCAUGUCAUGGAUUGCCUGCUCAAACUCCUCAACCUGACGAAAUUAUCACCAUUUAUUCGUGGAACUUCGAUGCUGAACUCACCUUGUAAUAUUUGAUCAAUUUAUCGAUUGGAAAGUCGCCAUGGCGAUACCAUUGGAUCAUUCGAGGAACAUACUGUAUCAGAAAAUGUCAGUCAGAAUCACCGCAUCGACUAUACGGAGAUCAACUUACAUCCGCAGGCCGAACUCCGCCUUCCAUACUUCCAAGAAGUUGUUUCCCAGUCUUCACACUACGGUCAGAUUUGUUCAAUCUCAACGACGGAGAUUCGCUUACCACCAUGAAGGAAACCAAAGCCACCUGAAGCGCUGCAUCCAUAGGAGCGACUCCAAGAAGGAUCAUUUUACCUUGAUUGGCAGUGAACUCAAUUCCUUGUUGGAUCAACGCAACAACACCUGUGGCAUCAACUGUGAUUGUGCUCCCACUGCCAUCAGUGAUGUCGCGAACAGCCUUUUCGAGUCCCUCCCCAACUGUUGAUGUAUUGAUGGUGUGCGUCGCACCGAGUGAUCGGGCAAGAUCGAGUCGCGCUUCGACACGAUCAAUUCCUAUGAUUGUGCGACAUCCUCGGUGUCUUGCAGCCUGUCUCCAAGUUAGCCACUAACCAGUCUCCUGAAAUCUCUCAACUUGCCAUUAUUGCAGCGAGACCAACUCCACCAAGGCCGAUAAUUGCUACCUUAUCCGACGCCCUGGCCAGACCGAGCUCUGUGAUUGUUCCCGCUCCUGUCUGAACAUAGAUGACCCGUCAGCUACUUAGAAUUUUGAAGCGCUCAACGGAAAAGCUUCUCACUGACUUGAAUUCCACAACCUAACGGCGCGAACAGUUUCAGGUCGUCCUCAUUUUUGACCAAAUCUGUCACUCUGACGACCGAAGCCUCCUGAACUCUUGUCAGAUUUGAGAAACUUGACUGGCCGAAGAAAGAGCCUCCGAUCCCAUGGCUUUCUUUUGAGUUGGGAGCGCCAAAGGCCUUGGGAUUCCCACAGAAAUUGAGCGGGGUGAACUCGGCGCAGUAUCCAGGUGCUCCAUUUCUACAAUUGUGGCAUUCACCGCAAUAUGCAAAGGAAAGAAGGACUGAAUCACCCGGCUUGACCUUUGUGACACCCCUUCCAACCCGAGUCACAUAUCCUGCACCUGAGAUCAAAGUCAACAUAUGCUCAACAAUCAAAUGAGGCCAUUCCCACCUUCGUGCCCAAGUACCCGGGGAUAAGGAGGGACUGGAAAGCCAACUCCAUCUGGAAAGGAGCCACAUCCCAGGUCGGUGUGACAAACACCACUAGCUAUGAUUUUCACAAGGACUUCGCCCUCAGCCGGAGUAUAGACCUCAAUAUCUUCCAGCUUCCAUUGCCGACGUCCAUCUUGUGGAGGUCGACAAACAAUUGCUCUCGCAAGAUCUGGUGCCAUGGUGAUUUCAAUGCUGCAAUUUUUUUGACGAACACUAGUAUAUCGAAAGUAGAGACGAAAUGUCCCUGUAUAUCGAAAGCCAUUUUGGUUA